GGAUGAAGGCAGGACCAAAGCGUCUCAGGCAAUUUGGAUAGGGUGCCUGCCGAGUAUGCCUAGCCCCGGUGGGAGCCAGGAGCUCAGCUCAAGAGGUGAGGAAAUGGUCCGCCUACAGAUCCUGACACCCAGGGCAGGACUCCGCCUGGUGGCCCCAGACUUGGAAGGCAUGAGGUCUUCCCCAGGCCACAAAGACAAGGAGGCCCCCUGCUCCAGAGAGCUCCAGAGGGACUUGGCUGGCGAGGAGGCUUUCAGGGGCCCCAACACAGACGCUGCAAGGUCAAGUGAACAGUUGAGUGAUGGCAACGUGGGAUCCGGAGCCACGGGCUCCUGGCCUGAAGGCUUGGCUGCAGUAGGCAUCGGCUCUGAGAGAGGAAGCUCCAGUGCCACUUCAGUCUCUGAUGUCCCUGCUGAUAGGAAGAGCGACAGCACAGCAGCCCGGGAGGAUGCAAAGGCAGACCCAAAGAGGGCCUUGGCAGAUUAUGAGGGGAAGAAUGUGGCCACCAAGGUCAGAGAGGCCUGGCAGGAGAGGCCUGGAGCCCCAGGAGGUGGCCAAGGAGACCCAGCUGUACCCACUCAGCAGCCUGCAGAUCCCAGCACCGCAGAGCGGCAGAACAGCCCCAGCGGCUCUGAGCAGCUCAUCAGACGAGAGAGCUGUGGCAGCAGCAUGUUGGCUGAUUUUGAGGGGAAGAAUGUUGGAGAGGCCUGGCAGGACAGGCCUGGAGCCCCAAGAGGUGGCCAAGGAGACCCAGCUGUACCCACUCAGCAACCUGCAGAUCCCAGCACCCCAGAGCAGCAGAACAGCACCAGCGGAUCUGAGCAGUUUGUUGGACGAGAGAGCUGUGCCAGCAGGGUGAGGAGCCCCUCGAGCUGCAUGGUCACCGUUACUGUCACUGCCACUUCUGAGCAGCCUCACAUUUAUAUUCCAGCCCCCACAAGUGAAUUGGACUCCAGCUCUACCACCAAAGGGAUUCUCUUCGUGAAAGAGUACAUGAAUACUAGUGACGUGUCUUCUGGGAAGCCAGUAUCUGCACGCUAUGGCAGUGUCAGCAGCAUUGAGGACUCAUUCGCCAUGGAGAAGAAGCCUCCAUGCGGCAGCACUCCAUACUCUGAGAGGACAACUGGAGGGAUCUGUACUUACUGCAACCGUGAGAUCCGAGACUGUCCAAAGAUUACCCUAGAACAUCUUGGCAUCUGCUGCCAUGAAUAUUGCUUUAAGUGUGGGAUUUGCAGUAAACCGAUGGGCGAUCUCCUGGAUCAGAUCUUCAUUCACCGUGACACCAUUCACUGUGGGAAAUGCUAUGAGAAGCUCUUCUAGCCCCCCGACCCCUAGGCUGAUCAGAAGCUGAUGACUCGUGGACAAGUUUGGCUGUCCCCAGUUUUGCCCCAAGUUGCUGUCUCCCCUUCCCUCACCUCCUCCCACCCUGUUUGAUUUCUUCAUGCUUUUGCCCUUCUUAAGUUGAAGUUGCAUACAUCCAAUAUCGUAUCUUAAUGAUGCUAUGGUAAUUGCUUGUGUGUAUAGCUUCUUAUAGCUUAGAAGGCACUUUACAUCCAUGAUCUCAUUUCAGGCUCAACCAAACAGAGUCAAACAAGAAUUCCAUCUUGGCUUCCCUAAGACAGAUUGGCUUUCUAAUGAGUUUAGGUGGGCAGAAGUGUAGGGUUCAGUGUGUCCUGACUCCCUUGAGGCUUAUGAUGGGCCAAGUUGAAGACUGUUGAUGAUCCCUGAUGGGUAAAUUGCAGACAUUGAAUGCUAGGGAUUGGCAUAGGCUAGUGUUUAGCUUGUCUAUUUGCCAUAUCUAUUUUUUUUCUAAAUUUCCAUACACUUGUAAAAGUAGUUAGUUGCUUUUGAUUGACUUAUAUAGCAGUUUUUCAUUUUGUCUUCCACCUGCCUUUCACUAUAUUUGAGUGUUCCCUUACAGGUAUGUUGGCAUGUGUUGGAAAAUUUACACAAUUAGGUUUAAAUUCAGUAGGAUAUGAUUUUAGGAUGCUACUGAUCAAAGUGAUAUCUGUGUCUGUUGAAAUCUUGAUAGUUGAUUAAUUUGCCCUCAAUUCUGCUCCCUGAACUUUACACAUAAAUCUUCCCAAGUGGGUGUUAGGGUGUGCAGAUCCCAGCAGGAUUAAGGAGGGGGAAAAGCAGCUAACAUUUCUUGAGCCUGUACCACAUACCAGGCACUGUCAUAAAGUGAUGGCAUUAAUCCCCAUGAUAAUCCUGUGAAGGCGAUAUUCUCAUCCCAUCUUAGAGAUGAGGAUAUUGGAAUUCGGAGAGGUGGCCAUUGCAUUGUGCAGAACUCUACAGAGCCUGCGCUCUUCCCAGAGCAGCACCCACAAAAGCAAGCAUUGAUUUUGUGCUCAGUGUGUGCCAAGCACUGUGCAGAGGGUACAUGGUUCCUGCCAGGUUAACACCCUCCCUUCAGGCCUCCCCAAGGCAUAGGCUUGCAAAGAGCGGAAGGUGUGAAAUCAUACUCUUCCUCUGGGCAUCCUGGAUCCCUGAAUUAUCCCCACCUCUCAAGAAGUACUUCAAGGGCCAAGCUGCCCCUUUCCCUCCCCUCCACCCAUGAAAAUGUCUCCAAACUGAGAUGCUUUCAGCUGAGAACAGAUUUGACUCGUAGACAUUACCAAAGAGGAGCUUGUGAAUCCAGGAAAAGCUCCAGGGGGCUAGCUUAUCUGAGCAGAGAGCUUUCAGUGACCCAUUUUCCUGUCUAGACUCUGCCUCAAGCUAGUGGCAACUGCUGGGGCCCCAGGUACUUGGGACAUGGGCAUUCGUUGGAUGGCUGGGCAGGUGCAAGCCUAUUCAUGCAGUCAGCCGACCCUCUGCUCAGGUUCAGCUGGACUCUGCCAUCUGUGGGCCCAGCAUCACUCUGUAAGUUCCUUGAAAGGAAGAACAACCUUAGAGUAUUUCUGAUACAAAAUGAGGGCCUGUUCUCUUGAUUUAAUUAUAAAAUGUCUACAUCUUUCUCCAGUUUCUGAGUCUUAGGCAUAUUGGCUUGUGGACUUGUUCUUCCUGCAAAUGAUCAGAGAGGAACAUUCCAUUUAUUUGUAUUGGAUUUCCUCUGGAGGGCAUGUACCCACACUCAAUAGCAACUGCUCUUCCUCAACUGUAGUCCCCAACAUCAGACUUGGCACGUGGUGCACACUAACACACAAGUACUAAAUGAAUGAGUGAGGGAAAGAAAAGUCACCCCGUUGGUGUGAGGUGCUAUCCCUGAGUCUCAGUGCAGGCCCAGUGGAUGAAAGGCAAGGUAAAGAGGCCCAAGAUAGGCUAGCUUCCCCCAUUCAAGGUAUAGUCUGCCUUUAAGGGAGUUUUAGAACCAACAUGCAAGAUAUGCAAAGAAAUCUUGCAAGAGCAUUAUUGACUUAGAUCCAAAACAGCCUCUCUCAUAUCUAAAAAGGCACAGCAUUUUGCAAAUCUGAGGAAGAGGGAUGGUUGCAUUACAUUUUUGCUUCUUUUUAAUUGCUUAGUGUUUCUAAUCAUACUUAAUCCAUAUUAAUGUGCACAAUUAUAAUAAAUGGUAAGAUAUUACAUGUGUCAAA